UACCCUUCCCAGUCUGACGAAUAUUCCGUGACAUUCACGUCAAUCUAACAAAACUAACAAAUCUUACGAACUUAGAAAAUCGGCUUUUCCAUCGAAAAUAUAAAAUUUUCCAAGAAAAUUCCCGUAUUUUCUAUCCAAACAAACACUUCUGCUUUCAGAAACCCUUGAUGUCAACGUCGGGCCAACCCCAGUUCCGUUAUACCCAGACGCCAUCGAAGGUCCUCCAUCUCCGUAAUCUCCCAUGGGAGUGUACGGAAGAGGAACUCGUCGAGCUUUGUAAACCCUUUGGGAAGAUCGUUAACACUAAGUGCAAUGUCGGCGCCAAUCGAAACCAAGCUUUUGUUGAAUUCGUAGACUUAAAUCAGGCUAUUUCGAUGGUUUCAUACUAUGCUUCAUCGUCAGAACCAGCACAGGUUCGUGGAAAAACUGUUUAUAUUCAAUAUUCAAACAGACAUGAAAUUGUCAACAACAAGAGUCCUGGAGAUACCCCAGGAAAUGUGUUGCUGGUCACCAUUGAGGGUGUGGAAGCUAACGACGUGACCAUUGAGACUAUUCAUUUGGUAUUUUCUGCAUUUGGUUUUGUGCACAAAAUUGCUACUUUUGAAAAAGCCGCUGGAUUCCAGGCGUUAAUCCAAUUCACUGAUGCUGAAACUGCAUCUUCAGCCAGGAAUGCGUUGGAUGGGAGAAGUAUUCCAAGGUACUUGCUUCCUGAUCAUGUUACUUCUUGUCACCUGCGAAUCUCGUAUUCUGCACACACUGAUCUGAAUAUCAAGUUUCAGUCUCAUCGGAGCAGGGACUAUACCAAUCCAUACCUUCCUGUAAAUCCUACUGCGAUGGAGGGACUUAUGCAGCCGGUAGUUGGUCCAGAUGGAAAAAAGCAAGAACCUCAGAGUAAUGUGCUACUUGCUUCAAUUGAAAAUAUGCAGUAUGCUGUGACAGUUGAUGUUCUUUACACGGUAUUCUCUGCAUUUGGCACAGUCCAAAAGAUUGCAAUAUUUGAGAAAAAUGGUGGAACUCAGGCACUAAUUCAAUAUCCUGAUGUUACAACCGCAGCUGUCGCCAAAGAAUCCUUAGAGGGACACUGCAUAUAUGAUGGUGGCUAUUGUAAGCUUCAUCUAUCAUACUCUCGUCAUACUGAUCUCAAUGUAAAGGCUUACAGUGAUAAAAGUAGAGAUUACACAAUCUCAGACCCAAGUCUGCUUGCAACACAAGUUCCUGGUAUGGCUGCCUCUCCAAAUGUUUGGCACAAUCCUCAGAGUGCACCAUUGUACCCUGGUACUGACAAUGCAGCUUCAGCUGCAAUGCAGGCUCAACCCCCUGCUGGACAAGUUCCAGCUUGGGAUCCAAAUUUACAGGCUAGACCACCUUAUGGAUCAGUUCCUGGGACUUUUCCUAGUCAAACAUAUCAAGCAUCCUUAAUUCCUACAUAUGUCAAUGCUGCAACACCGGCUGGUUCAUCACCCUAUUCACAACCCGGUGUGUCUUCCAUGAGAAUGCCGCAGCCAGGGGUUAAUGUUAGACCAGGUGGUGCACCAGUGCCGGGUCAGCCUCCUUAUUAUGGUCAAUGAUAUGUGCCUUUUCCCCUUGUGAAUUCAAAUGAGCCGCUGGUCUUUCCAUCAUUUAUUUCUGGUAAAGAUUUGCCAACUGGAUCUCUUCAUGCUCAGAUCUCUGGGCCUUUAUGAUUGAAGUUACAAGUUUUGUUGCUCUGAAUUUUUUUUUUUUUUUUUGGGUCUUUUAUCUUUCUGAAACCAUCACCAUAUCACUGAUGUAAAAGGAGCCUACAUUCAAAAUGAAUUGGUAAAUUAAUGUAAAACUUAAAAAGACCUGCCUUCAUGCUAUAUUGUCCCGCAGCAAUUUUUGCCUUUGGACACCCCUCUGUUAAUUGAUACUUUGUUACUCUUGAUUUUGAAAUGAUGUUGGUCCCUUGCUCCAAGUCCAACCAUAUUCAGUCCCCACCGUUUUCCUUUUCUUUGGUAUACUGUCAUUUAAGGUUUUACAUAUCUAAUGACAACAGUACUUGUUCGAACAUUACAUAUCGAAAUCUAGCCGAGUAAGAACAUGUUACAUCUGGAUGAUCAUCAGCCAUUCUCUGAGAGAUAGCUUGCAAAAAUCGACUGAAUUUGGUGCUUUGAGACGCUCGAUGUUGAGUGUCUCAUUUCAUCUGCACAAUGGAAGGAAAAAGUAUAUAUAAUCAGCCGCCAUGACUGAUGCCUUUCGACUGGUGCAGCACCAUUUUCAGCUUUGAUUCAAGCCCGUCUCCAAAAUUCCUCACCAGGAAAAUGUCCUUCAUUUUCAAGUUGACUUGUUGAACGGCCAGUCAAUUUUGGUUUUGAAACUCUGGAAUGCAGACAGAAA